AAAUUAUAAAAACAAUAUUAAUAAAACAUUAGUUUAAUGGAAAGUGAAGAAAUAAAUAGGGACGGAAGUUUAAGUAUUGAAAGCAAUCAAGAAUGUAUUCAAAGAUAGAAUGAUAUAAGAGAUUAAAAUAUUAGUAUGAGUGAUGAUUAAAGCGAAGACCCAUAAAUAGAUAUAAAUUCGAGUUUUAGAGACUAGCAAAUGAGCAUUGAAUCUACAUAAAAUUAAACCAAAAAAAAUAGUUUAAUAGAGGAGAGCUCGCUUCAAUCCUUAUCUUAAAUAAAGAGAAAAAUUCAUAAAAAUGAUGAGUAAAAAGGACAAAAAAGAGGAAGAAAACCAAAAUUGCAAUUAAAAAAGACAUAUUAUGAUUUUAAAACAACUAACUUAACUAAUUUAAGUGAUCUUUAGUCUUAAUUCUAAUUUGAGACAAACAUCAUGAAACCUAUUUCGAAUUUAAAAGUAUUUUUUUUAGCUGGUGAUAUUCUUGCUGAAUUAAAAGAAGCUAGUCAUUAAAUGGGGAUAGAUCUUUUUUUUGAAUAGAGAAAUGCUUUAUUUAUGGAAAAUUUGAAACAUGGAACAUCAUUUGAAGUUUCAACUAAUCGUCCUUUAAAAAAUUUUUAAUCUGUCAUUUAUUAAAUGGAGAAUUCUUAAGACUAAAAGCUAUAUGAAUUUUCUUAAUUUUUAAAGAAACACCAAGAACUAGUUUAUAUGAUUAGCUCUUAGAUUUAGGACCUCUAAAAUUAUUAUUAAUUCAAUCCAGAGGAUAUGCAAUUUAUCAUAGACUAAAGAUAAAAAAUAAUUUAAUAGUAAAGGAAAUAGUUAUUAGAAUAGAUAUUUAAUUAAGAUCAAUUUAGUAUAAUUGCAACAGUGAGUCUAGCUUUGAGUAAUCAGACAACUACAAUAUCUAAUAUUUGUUUAUCAAAGUCAAUGAUGGCUCUGAUAGGAUGUGGAGAUGAAUAGCUCUGUGAUAUAAUAAAACUAGGAUUUUUCAAAUUAAUUAGUUAAAAGUCAAGGAAAUAGUUUAUGUUAUGCAAUGUUUAAGCAUAAUAAGCUUUAAAUUCAGCUUUUAAAUUAGAUUUUGAUGAUUUAGAGUUAACAACUUUUGAUUUAAUAAAAAUAAUAUGUAAAGGUUAAUUUUAAACUAUUCCUGUAAAAUACCCUGAAAACCUAAAAUUUGAUAAGCACCCACUUCUAAAUAUGGAAACAUUCUAUGUAAUUUAAUUCGAUAUUACACCAUGGCAUAUAGAGUAGGUAUUAAAAUUAAGAAGAGAAUAUAAACAAAAGGCACCUUAAAACGAAAAUUUUCCUUACAAUUAUAACUAUAGUGGAUUUGUAGAAUUUGAUAUUUUCGAAUACACUAUUUAAAGUUAAAUUUUCCUUGAAAAAUAUUAUUAGAAAGAGCUAGAUAGAAUUUAGUAAUAAAACUAAAAGAAAUAAGAAGAAUAGUAUUAAGAAUAAAUUAAUUAUAAUAAACAGCAAUGUGGUUAUAGAUACUUAUGA